UUAAAUUUUUUUGUUAUAAUAUUCCGUGUAUUCGCGGAGAGCAACUCGACAUCAAUUUCCGCUAAACGACUGUCUUAAGACUCGACAAGUGCGUCAUCAUUGCGCGACGAGUGAAAAGUGUACGGUUAAAAAAGUUGUCGUUACGAUUAUUAAAGUUGUUUGUUUUUACGCUGGUUCAUUAAAUUCACUUUGUUUUUGCGAUAUGUUUCGCCUGCAAUAAAUAAUCCUGCCUAGUGACAAACUGAUAAUAAUAUGUAAUGUGUCGUCGUAUGGAGUAUUGAACUUAUACCAUAUCCAUAUGGAUAAAGAACGAGAAUACGCAAGUUAAGCAGACUUCAAAUAGAUAAUGCCAGGCACUUUGACAUAUCCAAUGUAUGCUUGCGUGGAGCCACCUCAACCUAGACGAAGAGCUAAUUCAUGGACUCAUAUUCGUCUGCCUCAGCAAGAGAUUUCAAGAACUCGACCAACCAGAGUAUCACUUGCUUAUACCCCAGUAAGAGAAGAAGCUACAAGCAGGUUGAGGUUGCGGGUACAAGCUGGUCAUAAUUUAGCCAGAAAAGAUAUUUUUGGAGCAAGUGAUCCUUAUGUGCGUAUUGAAUUAAAUAACAUCAAUGGCAAUGAGACUGUGGAUUCUGUACUUACAAAGACGAAGAAAAAAACUCUGAAUCCCAAAUGGGGAGAAGAGUUCAUAUUCAGAGUAAAACCACUUGAACAUAAAUUGGUGCUACAAGUAUUUGAUGAAAAUAGAUUGACAAGAGAUGAUUUUUUGGGAAUGGUUGAAUUGACACUGAAUAGUUUACCAAAGGAACAAGAUGGUCGGACUAUUCUUAAUAAACAGUAUAUUCUUCGCCCUCGAAAUACUAAUCAAAGAUCGAAGGUUAAAGGCACCCUAGAAUUAUAUCAUGCAUAUAUAUCAGAUUCAAAUGGUGCCAUUGAUAAUGGAGAAAAUGACACAGCGUCUGAUUCUGGAGGAUGGGAAAUAUUGGAUCAGCCAACGUCUAAUUCAAAUUCUCCAGAGGAGCAACCAGCAGAAGUAACGACUCUUGGACCAUUGCCUCCUGGCUGGGAAGAAAGGCAAGAUGCAAAUGGAAGAACCUACUAUGUUAACCAUAUAGCUCGUUUUACACAAUGGGAGCGACCGACUUUAGUGCAAGAAAAUAUUCCGACUGGUGGCGUCAGUCAUGAACAACGAAAUAUGAAUGAAUUUACAAAUGAAUUUCAAAGACGAUUUCAUAUUAGUGCAGAUGAUGAAAACAGACAACGGAACUCGACAAUUAGCAUAACGCCGGAUGGUGAAUUAUCUUCGGAAGUGGAUGAAGAGAAUGAGAGUGGGAAUCAAAGGGAAAGGGUAAUUAAUAAAACAUCCGAAGACCCUGGAGAGCGAUCUGAUAAUCAAACUGGUCAUAAUAGCCAGAAUGAUGAUAAUGUAGAUAGUCCUGCUGGAUCCAGGCGAUCAUCUGAACAGAACAUUGAAAGUCCGAGAGCCUUGAACGGGGAAGGUCUACCACCAGGCUGGAGCAUGCAAUUGGCACCGAACGGGCGCAUGUUCUUUAUUGACCACAACGAGCGCGCAACAACGUGGGUUGAUCCGCGAACCGGUAGACCGAGCUCUAUACCCUGGCACAACGUGCCCUCAGCCACCCCCAGAAAUGAUAUUGACCAAGUUGGACCGUUACCUGAGGGAUGGGAGGAACGUGUCCAUUCCGACGGCAGGAUCUUCUUUAUUGACCAUAAUACGAGAACAACGCAAUGGGAAGAUCCGCGACUUUCAAAUCCUCAAAUAGCUGGACCGGCUGUACCAUAUUCUAGAGAUUAUAAACGUAAAUACGAAUACCUUAAAUCGCAGCUAAGAAAACCUAAUAACGUUCCAAAUAAGUUCGAGAUUAAAGUUCAACGGACUAAUAUUUUGGAGGAUUCUUACCGCAUUAUUAGCUCUGUAAAUAGGGUUGAUAUUUUGAAGACAAAGUUGUGGGUAGAGUUUGAAGGUGAAAUUGGCCUUGAUUAUGGUGGACUUGCUCGCGAAUGGUUCUUUUUAUUGUCUAAAGAAAUGUUUAAUCCAUACUACGGGUUGUUUGAAUACUCGGCAAUGGACAAUUAUACUUUACAAAUAAAUCCUUUUUCGGGAGUGUGCAAUGAAGAACAUUUGAACUAUUUCAAGUUUAUUGGACGUAUUGCGGGAAUGGCUGUUUACCAUGGAAAACUGUUGGAUGCCUUUUUCAUUCGCCCAUUCUACAAAAUGAUGCUGGGCAAAACAAUCGACCUGAAAGACAUGGAAAGCGUCGACUCGGAGUACUACAACUCGUUGCUUUGGAUUAAGGAAAAUGAUCCAACGGAGCUAGAGCUCACUUUUUGUUUAGACGAAGAAUCCUUCGGACACACAUCCCAACGUGAACUUAAGCCCGGUGGUGCCACUAUACCUGUGACUAACGAUAACAAGGACGAGUACAUUAGUUUAGUUAUCCAGUGGCGCUUCGUGUCACGUGUUCAAGAACAAAUGAAUGCUUUUCUCGAAGGAUUCAAUGCUUUAGUGCCUCUCACUCUUAUCAAAAUCUUCGACGAGAAUGAGCUUGAACUACUUAUGUGUGGUAUUCAACACAUUGACGUUAAAGAUUGGAAGCAGAAUACUCUCUACAAGGGUGAUUACCACGCAAAUCACAUUACCGUCCAAUGGUACUGGAGAGUCGUGUUAUCGUUCAAUAACGAGAUGCGUGCUAGGUUGCUACAAUUCGUUACCGGAACUUCAAGAGUCCCCAUGAACGGUUUCAAAGAACUGUAUGGAAGCAACGGCCCACAGUUGUUUACCAUCGAAAAAUGGGGUACACCUGACAAUUAUCCUAGGGCUCAUACUUGUUUUAAUCGCAUUGACUUACCACCCUACGAAAGUUACCAGCAGCUCAGGGAUAAGUUGAUCAAAGCAAUUGAGGGUUCGCAAGGAUUUGCUGGGGUAGAUUAGCGCGAGAUUCCUUUUUUCAUGAUGAUACCUGUAAUAUAAUGUAUAUAUGUAUACGUAUAUGCAUAUUAGAUGCUAUCUUAUUUGUCUAUAUACUUAAUAUUAUUAUUUUAUUUGUUUUAUUCUAUUUCUUUAGAAGCAGAUUAAUCGGUAAUUUGCAAUUCCAUUAAUUAUUACGGUAUAAGAAAAAGUUUCAAAAAUAUACGGAAUGUUUUUUUUAAUAUUAAAAAAAGGACGCAACCGGAAGGAAAUAACUGGCAAGAAAAUGUCACUGUCGACCUUAAAAAAUCAAAAUUGUUUAACAAUUCUUGAUGCAUUUACAUUUAUAAAGACUCGCAAUGAAAUGAAUAUAUUUAUUGAUUCUUUGUCAGACAAAAAAUUCAAUAAUUGAACAUUCGUAUAUUCAGCAUACAUUCGGAGGAAGAUUUUAAACGAUAAUAAUGAAUGAAAAAAUGUUUAGAUAUUGAAUAUAUAUAUGAAAAAAAUUUAUAAGUGAUACAUUGUUUGAUAUUGAAUAUAAAAGUGCUUCAUAGAUUUUAUUAAUUCAUAUGAUAAAAAAAGUGUACAUAUGUUUGUAAGACAAGUAAAAUUUCUCUAGUUGACUAUAUAAUAUUCCAUUUAUCGAGUAUUUUUUUCUGUUCUUGAUAAAUCUACCGUGUUUUGCAAUAUCUAGUUAUGAUUAUUCCUGUAAUUACGAUCAUGCAAAGAUAAAUACACUGAAAAAUACGUUUAUAAAAUAUAUAUGUUUGUGACAGUUAUUUACUUUUUAAAGGUAAUGAAUUGAAAAUGAGCUCACGUACAUUUAUAUUAUAUUUAUUUUAACUCGCUACUUUUGGCCUACUGUAUAUCGUCGAUUUUUAGCGUUACAAAUGCUUUUAUUCUUAUUAUGAUUUAUUGUUGUUCCUUUUGCUAUAGAUACUGUUAAUUAAAAUGUUUUUUUUUCAAGCUAAUAAUCAUUUGUAGUUACGUUGUAUGAAUUUUCCAACUUUGAUUAUAAUUUCAUUGUUUAUAUAUAAAUGUAUUAUUUUUUCGUACUAAAUAUAAUGUUAAAUUUGACGCAAUAUUUUUGUAUACAAACAAUUCAAUUUGAAUGCAAUUUACUCGUGCAUAAUGUUUGAAUUUCGUUCUAUGAUAAGUGAUUCUUAUAACCGUGACCGCUUGAAUAUAUAUCUGAAAUAUCUAGUGUUAUUUGAAUAAACUUUACGGUCAUUUUUGCGUGAAUAUUUUUAUUACAAGUCUGAAUUCAAUAUUAUCAACGUACUAUUAACGUAAAUAAAAUAAAAUGGAUAUACUUGUGAAUCACUUAUAUUUAUCCCAAUAUUUUACUUACGCAAUGAUAUAUUUUGAAUUAGCUUUGGAAUUUUAAUUCGACUAACUAAUAAAGGCAACUGUCUAAAAUCGUGUGUCUAUUUUUUUCAUAUCAUCUAUUUAACGGUCAUCCUUUUAUUGUUGCAUGUUUAUCUUCAAAUUGAUGCAUGUUCUCAUGAGAAAUACAAUAAUAAAAAAAUAAAAAUAAUGCUACUCUACGGGAAAACGAAAAGCUCAGUUAUUUCAUUAGUAAUCUAUGCAAUGUGCAUUGCAGCGUAUUUAAGAAUGUAUGUACUUCUCAGCAAUUUUAUAGUCUUUUACAGCGAAAAAAUUUGUAAAUAAACCUUUGCGAAAAGGCUAUUUUAUAAUAACCAUAGAGAGCAACGAUGAGUUUGACUUGUAUGAUAAAUCUACGGAGUUCAAAGCUACGUUUUAUAAUGUAUUAACAACAAUAUAAUUUCAUUAUAAAAGGAAUAUAUUGAAGGUUCAGAAAGCAUAAGCUACUGUAUUCUUGUCUAUAAUAAAAGCUUCGUUAAAUCACGCGACACCAAGGCAUAUCUUUCUACGUUAAAAUAUGUACAAAGUUCUGCAUUAUUUAUGUAAAGAAUUCGAUGCUUGAGAAGAUAAAAAGUAGUAAGAAAAAUGCCUGUCAAAAGCUUUGUGUACUAUUUCGCAGGUGUGUCAAUUAUGCCUCAUUUUUACUGUUAUGUCCAACAUCGUUGUCAAGGCUAAUCGCUUUAAGUAUCAAGAAGAUAAGAUUCACUUUCUUGGAAAGGAAAUAAUGCAAUGCCUUUUCGUGUGUUAUUGAAUGCGAUGAUUUUUUGUGCGUACACAAAAGCUUUUUGUGCACUUGCGUACAGAAUACUUGAAUCUAUUUUUUUCUCCUUACUAGAAUAAUUAAUGUUGAAAACAUUAUAUUUGCGUGUUUGGAGAUCAAUUCUGACUGCAGUGUCAAUUUUGAGCAAGCUUUUUAUCUGGUUGGCUAAUUUCGAAUAUUGUUAUCAAAUAUAAUCCAUAGUAUUGUUUAUUGAUUACUGGAUUUUUUCAUUCUGUAAAUUAAAAAAUGUAUAUUAUUACAUUUUGUUGAUUACAUUGUCCUUUUCAAUUCAUUCAAUAAAAUUAUAACAAGAUUUUAUAACUCCAUAUCUGAUGUGUUCUCUAUAAACGUGAAGGUAACUAUUGAUAUGUGUAUCAGUAUGUGUAAAAAUGCUAUCGAUACAGAAUAAAAUGUAAACAAAUAUACAAAUACAACAUCGUUAGUAAAGUUGCGAAUUAAAUUAAGGGAUGUAAUUGUAUAAGAAAGUUAAUAUGAACGUAGAAUUGGGAAAAAAAUUGCUAGUCGAAAAUGUGCAUUAUUGCCCAUAAUGCAGAGUUCAGAUAUUGUUAAUUUGAAUGUUAUCGCUGCAUUUUUACAUUACAGAUGUUUAUUAUAGGAUCCAUAUCAUUACAAAGAAACCCCAUUUCUAGACAAAUAACAAUUUAUUUUAUUUUCUUGUUCAACGACUAAUAAUUUACUAAUGUCUUUUGACUUCAACAUCUUAAUCUUCAAUUUCCAUUGGGAAUCGGCUGAGGAAGAGAUUUCAAGAUUGAUUCGUAACGAGGGUGUCUAUUACACUGCAAAAAACGUGUGCCUUGAGUUGGUCAAAGAAGGAUUUAAGUAUGACAAAAAAGCGCUUAUUUUUUCGUUUGUUGACAUGUACGUUACAGCUGUUGUAAAUAUGCAUAAGCUACUCCAAAAGAAGCAUCUUACUUGCUUGUUUUUACCAAUAAGUAAACCAGCCUUGAGAUGUAAUAAAGUAAUGUCGGAAACAUUACUGCAGUUUAUCAAUUGCUAAUUUUUUGGAUCGUUUAGUCAGAGGCUACGAAAUCUCUGCACAAAACGUAUAGAACUUGUCGACUUCGGAGAAGAUUUCGUUUGUAAAUAAUUUAAGUUGAAAAAGAAAUGAUGUAAUUAAAAUUAAAUUUAUAAAUUAUAGAAUGCGGCAAGUGAUAAACUGCAAGCAAAAGAACUUUUUAGAAAAACGUCUUGUUAUACUUUGUAUUCUUUCAAUUUGCGGAUGCAAAUACUAUUAUAACAAUUACGUUGUAUGAAAUUUAUUUCUGUAAUUAAUAGUUUAUGUAAUAUUAUAUAGCACUAUUUACAGUAUAUAAUAAAACAUUUAAAAACA